AUGACUAGCGAGCAUAAAGAUGUUUCUCUAACGACUAAUCCUUCAACAAAUGACGAUUCCAGUCCUGUCGUUGCUAGAGUGUCGUUCAAGGCACCACCAUUUUGGAAACAGAAUCCCAAAUUAUAUUUUGCACAGAUUGAAAGCCAGUUCGCCAUUGCUGGAAUUACAAAAGACGAAACCAAGUACCAUCAUGUUGUAGCUGCCAUUGAAACAGAUGUGAUAGCACAAUUCAGCGACAUAAUUUUGAACUCACCUGAGGAACUAAUGUAUGAAGCUUUAAAGGAGUGCCUGAUUGAGCAAUUUGCAGAUUCAGAGACUCACUGGCUUAAAUUGCUUCUACAAGAGCUGCAACUUGGGGACGAUUGUCCGACUCAACUCCUGUGCAAAGAUGGCAGACAAGGUCUUGGAAGUUACUGA